UUCACUCUUCCUUUCAAAAAUCAGAAAUCUCGCAAAACACACAAGAAUCCCUUUUUCACCAGUUUCUGACUACUAACAUCUCACCCAAAUCUCAAGAUCUAAAAUCUCUCCCUAGAUUUCCUUUUCUCCUCCAUUGUUCUUCUUCUCCAAUUCGAACUUCUAAUCCCAAAAAAAUGGUGGAACCCCUACCCAGGCGUUUCCUCUCUUCCCACAAGUCUCUCGUCUCUGUUUUCUGGAUCGCCACCUUCGCUUCCCUAUUCAUCUGGCAAUUCGGCGGCGUUACCGGCCGAGGAGGCUCUCUCUACGGCGUUAGUGGUGGCCUCUCCGUUUUCUGGUGGACAGCGACCGCUGCAGCCGCCGUCUCUUCCGGCGGAUUUCCCCAGCUUAGACCCGUUGCCUUCAAUCUCACUGAUUUCGGUGCGGUGGGCGAUGGCGUCACGAUGAACACUGAGGCGUUCGAGAAAGCUAUCUUUGCGAUCUCAAAGCUUGGGAAAAGAGGAGGUGGGCAGCUCAAUGUGCCUCCUGGUAAGUGGCUCACAGCGCCGUUUAAUCUCACAAGUUACAUAACACUUUUCCUCGCCGAGAACGCUGAGAUCCUUGCCGUGCAGGAUGAAAAUUUAUGGCCCCUUCUUCCUCCUUUACCAUCAUACGGCUAUGGAAGAGAGCAUCCUGGACCUCGCUAUGGAAGUUUCAUUCACGGACAGAAUCUCAGAGAUGUUGUCGUCACAGGAAAUAACGGUAGCAUCAACGGGCAGGGGCAAACUUGGUGGAAGAAGUAUCGCCAAAAGCUGCUCAACCACACUAGAGGACCACUGGUGCAGAUAAUGUGGUCAAGCGACGUUGUUUUUGCCAAUAUCACUUUGCGUGAUUCUCCAUUUUGGACACUUCACCCAUACGACUGCAAAAAUGUUACAAUCACAAAUAUGACCAUUUUGGCACCUGUGUUCGAAGCCCCAAACACUGAUGGUAUCGAUCCUGAUUCGUGCGAGGACAUGAUAAUUGAGAGCUCUUACAUUAGCGUUGGGGAUGAUGGAAUCGCAAUAAAGAGCGGUUGGGACCAGUAUGGAACUACCUAUGGACGCCCUUCAAAGAACAUACUCAUCCGUAACCUCAUCAUCCGCUCCAUGGUUAGUGCUGGUAUAUCAAUAGGAAGCGAGAUGUCUGGUGGUGUAUCGAAUAUCACCGUGGAGAACAUUCUGAUUUGGAGCUCCCGGCGUGGAGUUAGGAUAAAAACCGCACCUGGAAGAGGUGGGUAUGUUCGGGAUAUAACAUUCCGGAAUGUCACAUUAGAUGAACUGAGAGUUGGCAUUGUCAUUAAAACGGACUACAACGAGCACCCAGAUGGUGGAUUCAAUCCCCAAGCCUUCCCGGUCCUUGAGAACAUAAACUACACAGGUGUUUACGGUCAAGGAGUGCGUGUACCAGUGCGUAUCCAAGGAAGCAAAGAAAUUCCGGUUAAAAAUGUAACCUUCAGGGACAUGUCAGUUGGGAUAACGUACAAGAAAAAGCACAUAUUUCAGUGUGCGUACGUGCAAGGGCGUGUGAUAGGCACCAUCUUCCCUGCUCCGUGUGAUAACCUUGAUCGGUAUGACGAACAGGAACAGUUGGUGAAACAAUCUGAUUCCCAGAAUGCAACAGAUAUAGACUACGAGAUCUGAGUCUAACCAACAACAAACAUGGGUUUGGUUGGCCUCCGCAACAGAUUUGUUUCGUUGGAGUUUGUACAUAUACAGAGGAAUCCUGAAACCAAAGCAGGUCAUCAUCGGUCACAGACUAAAUUGUAUUUGGCACUCACGAAGAGGAAUUUUUCCAUUGAUCAUUUAUCCUUUUAUUGGGUUCUCUCUCUAGCUUUGUUAUAAAAACUCAUAAAUCGUGAAACUCGAAAGUACUACGUUUCCAGAAAGUUGAGAUUAUUGCUUUUGUAUAGACA